GGACGUCAGAGUGGAGAGCGGAAGGUCAGGGAGGCUCAGAGCGGAAGUGAGACUAGGGAGCCUGUCCGCCAUUGUGGACCCGAGAAGCGGAGAGCGAGAGGGGAGGAGAGCGUGCAAGCGAAAGAGACGGGCCCCUUCCACCGACUCCCGAGCGCGAGGCCCUCUUUCUGGCUUCUUAGCGAGCGGCGGCGGCGGCUGGAAGAGUCUCUCGGCCGAGGGCGGCAGCCAACUGCUGUGAGUGCACGGGGAGAGGCCCAGGCGGCGGCGGCGGCGGCGGCGGUAGCAGCAGCAGCUCUCGGGUUGCGGUGAAGAAUGUCAGCCACUAGCGUGGAUCAGAGACCUAAAGGGCAAGGAAAUAAAGGUGGGAAAACAUGAUGCACAGAUCUGUUGACUUUCCUAACUUGAUGUAGUCAGGACCAGAGCAAAGAAUCACCUGGCUCCUAAGGCCCAUGUUCUAUCUUGAUUUGACUCUGCUUCAUAGAGCAGAGGAAACAGGCGAAGAAUCAUUUUCAGUACAAAACGGUUCGAUUCAUCAAAAAGAUGCUGUAAAUGAUGAUGAUUUUGAGCCAUACUUGAGUAGCCAGACAAAUCAGGGGCUUAGAAGAUUGGUUUUUUGGCAUUCCACAGAGAUGCUUCAGAAUAACAGCUAUCCACCAAUGUCAGAUCCAUACAUGCCUAGUUACUAUGCUCCGUCCAUUGGAUUUCCGUACUCUCUUGGGGAAGCAGCAUGGUCCACAGCUGGAGACCAACCUAUGCCAUAUCUGACAACCUAUGGACAAAUGAGUAAUGGAGAACAUCAUUAUAUACCAGAUGGUGUGUUUAGUCAACCUGGGGCAUUAGGAAAUACCCCUCCAUUUCUUGGUCAACAUGGAUUUAACUUUUUUCCUGGUAAUGCUGAUUUCUCUACAUGGGGGACAAGUGGAUCUCAGGGACAAUCCACACAAAGCUCUGCUUACAGUAGCAGUUACGGCUAUCCACCGAGUUCUCUUGGGAGAGCUAUUACUGAUGGACCGGCUGGGUUUGGCAGUGAUACCUUAAGUAAGGUGCCUGGCAUUAGCAGUAUUGAGCAAGGCAUGACCGGACUGAAAAUUGGUGGUGACCUGACAGCCGCAGUGACAAAAACUGUAGGAACAGCUUUGAGCAGCAGUGGUAUGACUAGCAUUGCCGCCAAUAGUGUGCCCCCCGUUAGCAGCGCGGCGCCUAAGCCAACCUCCUGGGCUGCCAUUGCCAGAAAGCCUGCCAAACCUCAACCGAAACUCAAACCCAAGGGCAGCGUGGGGAUUGGGGGCUCUGCCGUGCCACCACCUCCUAUAAAACACAACAUGAACAUUGGAACUUGGGAUGAGAAGGGGUCAGUGGUAAAGGCUCCAGCAGCCCAGCCAGUUCUGCCUCCUCAGACUCUAGUGCAGCAGCCUCAGCCGUUAAUUCAGCCGCCACCGUUGGUGCAAGGCCAGCUGCCCCCGCCGCCGCCGCAGCCGCAGCCGGGAGCGCAGCCGCAGGCCCAGCCUCACCAGCCGCAGCCGCAGCCGCAGCCGCUGCAGAACCGCUGGCUGGCUCCUCGGAACAGGGGGGCGGGCUUCCACCAGAACAGUGGCGGGGGAGGUGAGAACUUUGGUUUAGGUGUUGUUGCUGCCAGUGCUUCGCCCGCCAGCGUAGAAGUGCACCCAGUGCUGGAAAAGCUAAAGGCCAUAAACAACUACAAUCCCAAAGACUUUGACUGGAACCUGAAGAACGGACGGGUGUUUAUAAUUAAAAGCUACUCUGAGGAUGACAUACACCGUUCCAUUAAGUACUCUAUCUGGUGUAGUACUGAGCACGGUAACAAGCGUUUGGAUGCCGCGUACCGUUCCCUGAAUGGGAAGGGCCCGCUCUAUUUGCUCUUCAGCGUGAAUGGCAGUGGACAUUUUUGCGGCGUGGCCGAGAUGAAGUCUGUUGUGGACUACAACGCGUAUGCCGGUGUCUGGUCUCAGGACAAGUGGAAGGGCAAAUUUGAAGUUAAGUGGAUCUUUGUCAAAGAUGUUCCCAAUAACCAGUUACGGCACAUUCGCUUAGAAAAUAAUGACAACAAGCCAGUUACCAAUUCAAGGGACACCCAAGAGGUACCCCUAGAAAAAGCUAAGCAAGUGCUCAAAAUAAUUGCUACUUUCAAGCACACCACCUCAAUCUUUGAUGACUUUGCACAUUAUGAAAAGCGUCAAGAAGAGGAGGAAGCCAUGCGUAGGGAGAGAAAUAGAAACAAACAAUAACCAUAUGAAGAUGUCCUGUUAGAAUUACAACACUAAUGAUGUAGACUCUGGAAAUGCCUAAUAAGUCAAAGAAGACGUUAUUAAAGCUUUUUUCUGCUUAAGGUGACAUCUUUGAACUCUAACACAGAACUGACUCUUCUUGUAAUGGUUUUCAUCAGCGCAUCUGCCCUUAUACUCUCACCAAACACACUUGAGAACUGUAACUUCGUCAAGCACUUUCUGUCCUGAAGCUUUUACCAGUAUCUGCUGUCUUUUGUAAUUAUGCAUCCUAGCUAAGGCACAGAAGACUGAAUGAAUGCAAGGAUUCAUUAACUCUUUGAAUUUGUUAAAUACUAACAGUUAACCAUUAGAAGUGGUUCAAUGAUGUAAGAGUCACACUGCUUCAACUUUUUCUUUGUUGUAGUUUUUAAAUUGUCAAUUUUUAGCUCUUUGACAGAUUAAAAGCAAAAUAAUCAUGCCAUAUUUAGUCCUGGAGUUCAAGUCUAAAUGUUUAUGUGAAAAUUAUUGUAGUAAACUUUUAAUAUGGCAAAGCAACCUUAUGCUCUAUUUUAGCCAAAUGAAACAUAAUCUGAGAUUAUAUUAGAACAUUUCCCUUGUCUUCAAACUGUUUGGUGUAACAGAAUAUUGAUAUGCAGCUUGGUGGAUUUCACCAGUUAAUGCACAUUCUUCUCCCCUCCUUCCCCCAAUAAUAUGUAUACUGAAAAAUGUGCAUUUGUCUGAGGAAUUAUUUUGUUUGCUACCACUUAAUGAAUCUCAAAAUUUUGAGUAAUGUACCUCAGUCUAAUCAGACUUUUUAUGACCUUUAUAACUACAUUUAAAACCCUUACUUCCUAUUUCUGGGUGUUUGCGAGCCUGAUUGCUAUCAUGAAGUAAAAAAUUUAUUACUCUAGGUAUUCACUAGCUAAAUAAACAUAGUUCUUGUUUAGCAAGCAUAUAUUGUUCCUCAGCUCCUUUCUCCAGCUUUUGCAGUGUCCUCGCAUCCUUAAAAUAUUUGAAAAUAUGGCCUUGAUCCAUGGAUUAAAUCAGUAUCUAAGUGAAUGUGUUGAUGUUUUAUUGAUCAGAUCUAUAUAAAUGGGAAUACAGCAUAUAUCUGGGUAUUCUUAUAGUUAUCUUUUUAACAUCUUAUUUUUUUCAUUAAUUACAUAUCAACAUUAAUUUUGUAUCUUGAAACAAAUUGAUUUUGUAUAAUUAUGUGUCAAGCAUCUGUAUUAACUGAUUUGAUGGCACAUGGUUAUGAAAUAAUGUGCUGCCCCUUAUAUUACUGUUCCAAAAGGAGAAAGCUAUGUAGAAAGAUAUGUUAAGGAUGAAAAUAGCAAUACAGUAGAUUUGAGUACCUUGAUGUUUUGCAUUACUCCACUUAUGUUUACAUCAUGUUUAGAAAUGUUUUCAUUUACUAUGGUCUUUGGUCACUUCGAUUCAAAAAUUUAGUGACAUAUUUCUUUGAGGCUUUCAUUUAUAUGAUUUUUUUUUGUACAAUGUUUUCUUAAAAUGUACAAAUACUGUAUUCAAGUGAAAACCAAUACAGUAUUUGUAGCUAAAUUGUAGCUACUUCACAGUGCUUUGGUAGUCCCAGGAUAGUUAUCAGUGUUUACUGAAGGGAACAUCAAAAUGUUAAUAGUAUAUUACAAAAUAAAGACUUUCUUAAAGGAAAA